CUUAUAGUGUACUCUCAAUAAGCAAGAAGUGGAUCACUGAUGAGACUUCUAUUUGUCUUAUUUGGCUUUAUCUAUGCUGUUCUUCAGGGCAAUGUACUGGAAUAUGUCAGACAGGAAUUAUGAGGGAAGCUGGAUCUGACUGGACCUACUGGAUAAAACCAUAUUUGAACACCAGAGUUGGAGCUGGUGCCGUUCAUGCAGAUGUUAAGGAAUGGCGAUCAGUCGAGAAGCAAACACAGCUGUUCACAACAUACUUGUGCCAGAGAAAAAUGGUCCUUGCAGAUGAGCCACAGCAGCACACCAGAUAUGGCCAUGAUGUCUCGGAACUGUUACUCAAGUCUAUGUGCACAAUGCACUGAAGACACUUUCUGAACCCUUUCUGGAAAAACACAUACAUGAAUAUGCUGAAAAGAAAAUCAUCCAUUUUCUGAGACAUACGCGGCCUGAAGCAUCCGUCCAACAGACAUUCAGACAUUAAUGGCACUUAAAGAUUUUACAAAUAUUUGUUAAACGACAGUAAAUAGGACAUUUUAUUCUAUCAGACCUGGUGUUUUUCUUGAGAAAAUAAAGUAGCAAAAUGUAGCAUAAUUAUUGAUGAUAUAAAAAUAACUAUUUGGCAUUAUGGAAAAUACUGAUCUGUCUGUAGGAGUAGGAUGUUCCCAACAGGGAUGCUAUUUGAAAAAAGACAUAAACAAAGAUUCUAAAAUGACUCAAAGUGUCCAUAUUUCUGGCACAGAGGACAGCGUAAGACUAGAAGAAAGAGCUGAGACAGGGGAUGUGAGGUCAUGUCCCAGUAUGGAGACAAAGACUGUGGAGUCAGGAGCUAGUCCCCCCUUACAAUGCAGUGACCAGUAUCCAGUCCAAACGUGGACAAAGACAUCCAGUUUCCCUCCCCCUGGCAAACGUUGUUUCCAAUUAGGGGUUGACUUGCUGUCAGAGGGUUUGCACAAAAAAGAACAGAAACCAAAGAAGGCGGGAAAGUAUGUUUGCCAUUAUUGUGGAAGAGCAUGUGCUAAACCCAGCGUACUGAAGAAGCACAUACGCUCUCACACUGGAGAGCGGCCAUAUCCAUGUGCUCCUUGUGGUUUUUCCUUUAAAACUAAAAGCAAUUUGUACAAACACAGAAAGUCUCACACACAUGCUGUCAAAGCAGGGCUGGCUCUGUUUUCUGAACAAGACAGCAAGAAUAUUGGUGUAGAUGAUGAACUGACAGUCGGAGAAGGGGAGAUGCAGUCUGAUGCUGAGCAGAGCACAGACACGGAUGAGGAGGUCAUAGAAGAAGACUUGACCUUGGACAGAGGCAGUUCAAUCCAAAUAAAAGACAGAGAGGAUAUUGUACAGGAAGAAUGCAGUAAACAGAAGGAACCUGUAAGGACAUACAUCCCAUGCUCCUCCAAACAGGAGCCUGUGUCAUCAUUAGGAAAAGUGUCUUUAUGGCAGUUCAGAGAACUGAUGGCACCUGCAAUUGUCGCUCAGGUGGAUCAGGAAGUUGAGUCUUCCACCGUUAAGCAACGACUUGCCCUUAGGCUUUCAGAGAAAAGGAGUCAGGAUUCAGACCAGUCUCUCUCCCUCCCCAGCUCAUACAGCAAAGGCAGCACGGACUCUGGUUACUUUUCGCGCUCUGAAAGUGCAGAACAGCAAUUCAGUCAACCAAGUGCAAGUGCCAAGUCGUACCAAGAAAUUAUGUUUGGGAAGUGUUACAGACCAAGCUCAAAACCAAGACAAUCAAUCACUGUACAAACUUGCAUGACAGACAUAAAUGAGACUACAUCAGGUCUGAAGAUUAAACUGACCAAGGACAAGGUGCCUUGGGAAGCUACAUCCUAUUUGCACAGACAUAAAAAAGACCUGGUCAGAUCAAUCAAAAUUGAAUCAGAAUCUUUUCAUGAAGAAGACUUUCAGGAGAUCCCUGAGAUAUUUCAUAGCAGUGCUGAACAUUCAGGAACCCUGUCUGAAAGUGGUUUGCUUUUACGGAGCAACUCUCUUCCCAAUCCAUCUGAUUCCAACUUGAGUGCUCCACAAGGGCUGAGAAGUAGUAAUUCUUUUGAUGAGAGGAUGACAAGUGAUGAAGUGUCCUAUCGUGGCUCAGUAAGCAUGAGAAAGCUUAUGAGACAGACUGCUUUUGAGCACUCUGCUCAUGAAGGACACACAGAUUCAGAUAAUCACACUUCUCUGGUUUGUGGCCUGAAAUCAGAGCAGAAGGUUCACAAUACAGAUGAGUCUAAAGUUGGAAUAGAAAAUUGUCAAGAAUUUGAGUCAUGUCUUAUGUUUCAAAGCCACAUGAUGGAAAAUGCCACAAGGAAACGUAGGAAAGGCAAGAAUACUAUAGAAGAAGAAGAUUUUCCAACCCAAAAUAAGCCUUUAGGCCUGUCUGAACUCUCAGGGGAGUUUGAUACAAAGUACGACAUUCAGGAGACUACAUAUAGUGACACAGAGAGGAGAGCUGGCAGCAAUGUAAUCUCUGUAAUUCAGCAUACAAACUCAUUAAGCAAGCUAAGUUCUGCAGAGAAGUCCACAGACUCUGAGCCACAUCAGUUUGACAAAAGUAUAGUUUACCAGUUAUCAGAAAAGGAGCAGAAUAAGGAAAGACACAAAACUGACCUCUUUUUUAACUCUGGAAAAAUAGAGAGGCAAAUGGGUAGCAGUACUCUGCUAUACCAGAGAUCUUACUUAACUAAACAACCAGCAUCUCAGUCUGGUAUACAGGUUCCAGAGAUAAGAGUUACUGAGGAGCCUGACAAACCAGAAAAAGUGCAAGAUGUUCAUGUUAAACCAAAGGAAAAACAUGGUGAGGAAUUUCAGUGGCCUCAGAGGAGUGAAACCUUGUCAAAAUUUCCAGUUGAAAAGUUACCUCCAAAAAAGAAACGUUUGCGAUUAGCUGAUAUAGAAUGUUCCUCUGGUGAAUCCAGCUUUGAAUCUGCUUGUACAAGUCUCUCCAGGAGUCCAAGUCAAGACAGCAACUUAUCUCACAGCUCAAGUUUCUCUCAAUCACUUGACAGAGAGGAGAAUAUUAAUGUUGCAUCCCCAGCUAAAUUGGAUGAGUUUAGUAAGCCUUUGGAGUUCCUAUCUGUGCCUGGAGGCUCACUAAGUCAUCACAGAGAGAUGAGGCGCUCUGCAUCAGAACAGGUUCCUUGCAAUUUGCCCAUGGAGUUACCAGAAUUUAGAAGCAAGUCCUUUGACUAUGGCAACCUUUCUUCCCAAGCUAGUUCUAUGCAAGGUGAUACCUGUUUGAGUGCAUGGGGAUUAAAAGAGCGGAGAAGAGGCUACUUGGUUAGACAGGCAUCUCUGAGUGCCGAUACAGAGAUUUUAACACAUGACAAAUCUUUUGAUCUGAAUGUUACUCAAGGUAGCUCACAUCGAGCUGAAAUAAACAGAAGAGUAUCUUCACCAGACAGACAGCUUUUGUUGGAAGGAUGCUCUACUGGCAUUGAGAAAAUGAGGUAUUCUUUGACACAUGGAAUUGUCUGUCCACAGCAAGUAAUUUCAGCAGAGCAAAUCCCAUGUCAUAAACAAUCUCUGCAUCCCCAGACCUUGCAGUUGCGUGACUUUCAUGGCAUAAAGCAUAAAAUAAAGAAAGAAUUGGAAGAUUCAGAUUUAACAGAGUGUCCUAGAGUUGCUGUGACAGAUCUACCAAAAGAUCAUCCAGAGAGUGUAAAUAAUGUUCUGUCAACAAUAGCAGUUCUUUCACAAGCUCAGCCUGCUUUAACCAGUCAGAACUUGGGUAGUUUGCUGGUUCCUGUCAGAAUUCAGAUGCAAGUGCCAUGUUAUGGAAAAAUCACAUACACAAGUAUAUCUCAUAUUCUAGAUUCCCAGAAUAUCACAAACUUUGGAAGUAAUAAUGUCACGUCUCAGGGUCAACUUGUAAGUGUACCAGUACAGCAUAGGGUAGGUUAUAAUCUACCUCAGAUGCCAGGACACCAAACCCCACUGCUGGACAACCCUCAGUUAUCACCUGCAAAGCUUAAAACGGGCAUACCCCUAUCCUUGACCUCCAGAACCAUUUCAACCACAGAGGCUCCCAGUGGUGGAGCAAACAAGCGUAUGCUUUCCCCUGCAAGCAGCGUUGAGCUGUUUAUUGAAGCAACACAGCAAAAACGUGCCAAAGAUGAGAAGAUGUAUGGGCAAAUUGUGGAAGAACUUAGUGCUGUAGAAUUAGGACAUCCUGGUAGUGAAAAAGAGAAAUUCAAGAAAGAGAACAGGUCGACAAUUAUCCAAGAGUCAUCUGUGACUGUUGAGGAGAUAGAUGUGGAUGACCCCAAUAUAGAGCUAUGCCAUAAAGCAUUGUUACCAUUGUCUAGCAGUGUUCGUCAAGUAGAAGAUAUAUUAAAAACUUUGCCAAUGCCAGUACACAUUACAACCAGUCAAGGUUACUCCAUUGCUACCAGAGAUGUUGCUAGUGCUUGGAUAUUGUCUCAGUUUCCAAGUCUUCACACUACAACAUGUGUAAGCUGGUGUUAUCUAAACUCUGCCAAGCCAAACUGCACCCAAAUGACUCCUCAUUUCUCCGUUUAUGCCUCUUGGUUCGUGAGAUGCCACAAUCCCAAUCCUCCCAAUCUCAGCACAGGAAUGGUUCUUUCUCUUCUCCGGUCCAAACAGAAGCCACAAAACACCAUAUACACGCUUGCAGACAUGUAUGAGCCUGGAAAACGUGUUACUACAACAUGGUGGAGUCAGAAGCAGGAGCAGGUGUCUGUGGAGAGUAGCAUGGAUAACAUAAGAUAUGGCACAAGAGUAAAAGAUUUUAGACAAAAAAGCAAAUCUAUACAUGAGGAUAGCAAAGACACAGAGGCAUCCUUAAGGCAAACAGAACCUGUUCGAGUAAAGAUUUUUGAAGGAGGGUACAAAUCAAAUGAGGACUACGUGUACGUUAGGGGCCGUGGCCGAGGGAAAUAUAUAUGUGAAGAGUGCGGUAUUCGUUGCAAGAAACCUAGCAUGCUCAAGAAGCACAUACGUACCCACACAGAUGUGAGGCCAUAUGUAUGCAAGUGCUGCAACUUUGCCUUUAAAACAAAAGGGAAUCUCACCAAGCAUAUGAAGUCAAAAGCUCACACUAAAAAAUGUCUUGAGCUUGGGGUUUCACCCAUGGCCAUGGACAAUACAGAUGUUGCUGAUCACGAAGAUGAUGUACAGAAAUCAGCCAUCAGACUCGGAGCAGAUGCAACAAUUAAACAUCAGUUCUCAGAUCCAGAUGACUCAGAUGGCGGUGAUGAAGAUGGAGAUGAACCAGAUGAUGAAGAGGAUGAUGAAUAUGAUGGUGAUUCCACACCAAGGACACUCUCAAGGAGCACCAGCCCUCAGCAAGGCACAGUAAACAAGCCAUUUAACUCUGGCUGUUUCACCAGGAGCUUGGACACAGGCAGCAAUCCCAAGGAAAGGCUUGAGGCUGUCACUCUCUGUAAUGAGGAUGACCUGACACUAGAGCAAGCAGGCACCUCAUUUGAUCCCUGCCCACCUCAUCUGCUCUCACCUUGUUGGGAAUCCCCUCAUCAGCGAUACAUAUGUCCAAGGGGAGAUCAUUUACCACAAAGUCAUCUGUCUCCAGGAAGAGAUACAUCCCCCUUGAGGGCUAUAUCGCCAAGAAGUGAUCUCAGCAUCAGAGGAGAUCUCUCACCCAUUCACCAGCUCUCACCUGUUAGACCUGUGUCACCAAGGACAGACUUGUCCAGGAAUCGAGCACACUCUCCCCAUGGUCGACACAGGGGCAUGCCGAGGGCUGCAUCCCCACGCAAGAGCUCUUAUCAGCACAGAGCCUACUUGGAUCAGGGCAGGGGCCUGAGAUUUGAAAUCUCUCCACUGAGACAAACUAUUGGGAUUCAACCAGAAGUGGACCAGCGAGAAGGUGUUCUUCAAAAUCUUUAUGUGAGUGACUGCCAACACAGUGGUAAUGAUGCAUCCACUCAGCCUCAGCGAGACAUAUUCAGCCACUUGCCUUUGCACUCUCAAUGGCAGGUGCCCACUCCCAUCCCAAUGGUCCCUAUUGGUGGGCUAAGAAUGCCCUCUGUAUUACCCGGUGCUGUUUUGGACAGACACUCUCAGUCUCUGCCACAGGGAGACAUAUUGGAGAGGGCUCAUUUCAGCCAGUCGCCAUUUCCUGUUCCAGGUCGUGGAGUGAACAAUCCAUUGUCCCAGCAGAAAGACAAGCCAGCCUCUUGCACCAGUCUUGUCAGCAAGGACAAGAAGCAAGAGGAAAGUGUUCACAUCUGUGCAGAGGCUAUUGCCUCCCUCCGGAUUACUUCAGAGGAUAUCACUUACAAUCCUCCAGGAAGUUGAUUCUAACAGCUUUGUGCAUAACAUUAAAGCUAACAAAACAUCAAGCUAACAUAAAGCUCAGCUGAUACUGAGAAGCUGUUGUUAAGGUGCAAUAUGUGGCAAAAAAAUGAAUGAUGAGUAUAUGCACAUGAUAUUGCAAACAGAUGCACAACAAACAUUUUAGUCAGACUGCCAUAUCGGUCUCACAUUUCCAUGAACUUCAUUUUGUUUGUCUCAGUAUAUAAGCCCGUGCAAAACAUUCAUAUGCAGUACAUAAAUCAAAUCAUGAGUUAAGUAUUUUAUUUGAACUGCAAAACCUGCAUUUUGUAAACUAUUUCUAUUUUUUCAGCAACUAAAAAUUAAAAAGUUACUUUCCAGAUCUAGUGCAUUAAACUGCAUUGCUCAUGAUUAUCGUAUAUCAUCCCCAUCUGAUCAGCUUGUGCCUUUUAGAAUUGUUUGCCUAUGCCUCAGUGAGACCGAAUUGUUGGAUGUUUUGUUAAUGCAGUGAAUAUAGUGUUGAAUCAGAUUGAUCUGAGGUACUGUUGAUGCUUUUGAAAUUGCACUUAAUCUUACAGUUUGAAUAGUGAGUUCAGCAGUGCUAUGAUAUUGCUUGGUAUGUAGUUGUUGUUUGCUAGUACAACAUUAAACUGUAAUUACAUUCUGUGAAUUUUGAAUGUGAAUGAUGGAUAUUUCUUUUUAUUUAUACCUUUAGCUAUUCUGAAGGUUGUGCACAUUUUCCCUUUGUUUAAUCUUUAUACUUUCAGCACUUAUGCAACAAUGUGACAUCUCUAGAUGUUGUUAAUGUAGUUUAUCUUAUGACAACAUACUAUUGCUAUAAUAACCUAAAGUAAUUAGCAAAUGUUAUGUAUUUAGCUGAUUAUGUAAAGCACUUUGUACUGAACUAAUUGAUGCGGUGCAGAUAAUAAUUGGACUAGUUGGAGUUGGUGUAUGAUUGAUUUAAUCAAAUGGCACAACAUUCCACCUACUGUUAAGUCAAUUACAUGCACAUAAGGGUGCACUUGGUGUUGGGUAGUAAAGGAUUACAUAUAAAUUAGAUAAUGUAUUCAGGUUAUCAAAAUAAUUAAUUACUUUUGAACUAGAUUAUAUAUUCAGGUUAUGAAAAAUAAAUUUUUACAAUCAGUCAAAAAUGCAUUUUAAAAUUUUUUCAUUUGAUUAUAGGUAACCUUUCUAAGAAUUACAUGGUUAUGCUUUGACUCCUGACAGCAUAUACUGAAAUAACAAUCAGCCAUAAAUUCAUGAAUAUUAAUACUUAUGUUUACUUUUUUUUUUUGCAAAUAUUCACUCAUUAGGUGAAUAUCCAUGUGUAUGUGUGUUACCAACUAAUUUAAGUACAGCUAUUUUGGUUAAUAUUUUUGUAAACAUAUUCUAAUACAAAAAUCAUUAAUUAAACCUGUGUAACUAAACUGAGAAUAACACAUUUGGAUUCUUCUUUUUGAGCAAUCUAAAAGAUUUUUGGUAAUAUAAUAGGAUUAGUGCCUGAUUACAUUUUCUAAGUAAUCUUCCCCAACACUCACACACACACACACACACACACACACACACACACACACACACACACACACACACACACACACACACACACACACACAAAACAAUCAUGUACUGUAAUUAUUUAUUUUCUAGUGUGUCCUGUUUGAAUAACCAGAAUAACCAGAUGUCUUGACAGGUUUCUCUUGCCAUCUGAUGAGUUGAGCCGUGUGUCUGUUGGAUUAUGUUUAACUGUAGGUGAAGUUGUUAUUAAGUGUUUCAAAGGGAAGUAUUAUCAGUAUCUUGCAUUAGGUAUACAGAGGAAAUAUAAAAUAGCAUGAUAAAGUAUUUUGGGACAAGAUCAAAGUAAAGUUCCAUAUCUGUGUUCAGACUAUAGACUAUAGUUGGAUUUUAUAUUCACUGUUUGAGUGUUAUAUGAGGGGUGUUUCAUGUCAUGUUUACAUUAUAAUUGAUAGAGUAUCUUAUUUCAGUUGGUUUAAAUCUAUUUAUUGCAUUUGAUAUAUCACAAAAAUCAUAUAUAUCUUACAUGAUCAUCAUUCACAAAUACUCAGAAAUAUUUAUUGCCCAUAAAGGCAGCUGAUUUCUCUGUGAUACUAAUUUUGGUUCUUUUUUUGAUUACAAGAUGUCCUUUAGGAACUGAAGAGGUAUAUUAAAGCUUAAAUGAUAAGCAUUUGUCAGCAAUGUUCUUACCUCAAAUUACCUACAAAUAAAGUUUAAUAAAGAAAACCAAACAACA